ACUGAUAAAUGUAAUUUUAAUAUCGAUUAAUUUGACAGAUAUGGCUGAUGUUAUUGCUCAAUCUCACGGGGGUGAUGGUGGAGGAUGCGAUCCUCCACGUGGACCGGCAGAUAUCCCAGCUGAUUGUGAACGAGGUAAUAUUUUACACAUUGAUAUACUCCUUAAAAUUUAACAAUUAAUCCAUAUUAAUUUUAAAAUAUUGAAUUUGCAUACAAUAGCGCCUCCAAGUAAACGUGGACGCCAUAAGGGAUUGAACACGCGGGAAAAGAGGGAACAGUUGGGGCGUCCUCUCCCUCUCGAGUGGGAUGUGCGGGGGAGAACAUAUAAAGAGAUCGGAGAGUACAGCUCAAAUUUCUCAAGAGAGCUCGGAUUACUUGUUCGACAGUACACAGAUCCGGACUGUCCUCAAUGGUCAAAAGUACCAAAUGCCUCGAAAGAAAGAAUACUUGCACAUUUGGAAGUAAGUAGUUUAUGUAUUUUUAUGUUAAUUCUCAUUUUAUGUUAUAUAUGAUAUUUACUAAUAAAUGUUUGUAAAUUAGGAUGAUUUGUUUGAUAUUGGGCGUACUAGAUAUGGAGAAGGGCAUAUGCCUGGGAUCUUGAGAGGCAUUGAUACUUCGUGUGCUAAAAAGUAUUCUGACUGGAAGUACGAUAUUAAAGGGCACUUAACGAUUAAUGGGCCACAAAAUCGUUAUGGUGGUUGCACGGAUACGCAGUGGCAAAAAGCAAUUGAUUUUUUCCGUCGCCCAGAAAUUACGAAACGUUCUGUGGUCAACAAGGAAAAUAGAAAGAAACUGAAAGAGCUUAGCUAUGGAGGUUCUCAGUCAAUCCCAGCCUUACGCUAUAAAAAGGAGGAAUUGCGUGCAUACCGCGACACACAGCAGACACAGGCAACUGAUACUGAGAUACAAGAAGAGAGUUAG